AUGGUACUGGAGACCUCCCGUAUUAUUUUUGGACAUGGGGAUUCAUGGAAAACUAUCCGUAGAUUCACACUAACAGUCCUACGUGACCUUGGAAUGGGAAAGCGGAAUAUUGAGGAAAAAAUCAUCGAGGAAUCUGAACACCUGGUGAAGCAGUUUGAAGCAAAAAAAGGUGAACCGUUUCUGACAACAAUUCCUAUUAACGCAGCUACAUCUAACAUUAUAGUCUCCCUGAUUAUGGGGAAAAGGUUGGAAUAUGAAGAUGAAAUUUUCAUUAAACUUUUGACUUUGAACAGUGAGAACUUCAGACUUGUUGGAGGCCCAUAUAUACAGUUGUACAACAUGUUUCCUGUGUUGCACCCCUUGCCUGGACCACAUUAUAAAGUUAUAGAACACCAGAAUAUUCUGAAGGACUUUUUCAGACAGAUUUUCAUCCAACACAGAGAAGUCCUUGAUGAGAAUGACAAAAGAAGCUACAUCGAUGCUUUCAUGAGCAAGAUGGAGGGGGAAAAGAACCACUCAUACUCCCACUUCCACGAAAUGAACCUCCUGUGUACUGUCACAAAUCUUUUUGUGGCUGGAACAGAGACCACGUCUAGCACCCUUUCCUGGGCUCUCUUGAUCCUGAUCAAGCACCCCAACAUCCAGAUGAAGGUCCACGAGGAGAUUGACAGGAUCAUUGGAGGGGCGAAGCCCAGAGCUGAGCACCGGCAGAUGAUGCCCUUCACAGACGCUGUGAUUCACGAGGUUCAGAGGUUUGCCGACAUCCUCCCCAUGGGCCUGCCUCAUGAAACAACCUGUGAUGUAGACCUCAGGGGCUACUGUAUACCCAAGGGGACUUACAUUAUCCCACUGCUGAGAUCAGUACACCGGGAUAAGAACCACUGGGAGAAGCCAGACCACUUCUACCCACCACAUUUCCUCAAUGAGCAGGGGAAGUUUGUCAAACGAGAAGCCUUCAUGCCAUUUUCUGCAGGCCGCAGGGUAUGCGUUGGAGAGAUGCUGGCCAGGAUGGAGCUGUUCCUGUUCUUCACGUCUCUGCUGCAGAACUUCUCCUUUCACGCUGCUGAAGGGGUGAAUGGGGAAGACAUCGACCUGUCCCCGACUGGGGGUCUGACCCUUAGCGCCCCGAACAUCCAGGUGCGCGCCCUGGCCCGAAACAUAAACGUCUAGGUGCCCCUCCGCUAGCACCAGUCUGUAAUGCAAUCCCAGACCGCCCUCAUAUUAAUCUAUGUGUAGGAUAGAGACCACUCCUAUAUUUAAGGGCAUUUCAUGUCUACUGUAAGCACAACAACUAGAUGCCAUUAGCUAUAUAGCUUUAGAAAACAUCAAUUUGUGGAAUUUAAUUUUUUCAGAAAUACAGCAAUUUGUGGGAUUAGGUGGUCUUCUCAGGGUCAUCCUUGUAUCAUCACAGGCACCAACACACUAGUUUCCCAGACAGGCACUCUCAUUGAACAUGUUAGAAUUUAGGUGUGGAGUAUCUUUUAAUUUUAGGGCUGUUAACGUGGUGAUGGUUUACAUUUUGUCAAAUUGUUAAAAUGGUGUAUUCAACAUAUUUGUCACAAGUCUAUUUCCAAUUGAAUAUCUGAAACACUCCUGUUUUUCUCAGGUAACGGAGUAAAAAUACCUUUUUGUAAGUUCCAAGAACGUUGCAAACCACUGAACAAAUGUGCAUUAAAUUUUUCAUAGAGGAGUA